AUGGGCUGGGGGAGGAGAGCCCUUAAGGAUCCGCUCAAAUGUGCUGACCAAAGACGAACCCAUUGUCAGAAGGAGCUCCAGCUGCCUGCAGCCUCUCGGACACUGCGUUUGGGGCUUAUUUGGAUUUUCUUCGCCAUGCGUCCGUCCACUCUGCUGCUGAUCCUCACCUCCGCGACCUCGCUGAUGGAAGUACAGUGUGGAUCUCUUUUUGCUCGGACAGCAAAGAGUCCGCCUCAGGAAGAGGUCGAGAAGAAGUGCACCAGCUUGGCCCUGCCCUGGACGGAGGCCAGGCUUCAGGGAGGUCACUGGGGUCACAUCUACAGGCUGAAGGUUCUGUCCAUGGGCAGAGAUGGGGCAAAGGGGGCAGUUUUCCCCGAGCAGCCUCUGUUCGGCUUCGUCAGGCGGGUUUACCGCUGCUGUCAGAUGGGCUUCCACUGCGGAGGAGUGAAGGGGAUACAGGGCAGAGAGGCUGGAGGCUCCAGUAUUGAGUUCCUCCUCAGUGAGGACGUUCUCUCGGCUCCAGUGGUGAGAGCUGAGAUUCAUCUCCAGCUUACAAACCCGCAGCUCCUCAACGUCCAGCCGCUGCUGCCUUCGCUGGAGAAACGGCAGCUCCCGACGAGGUACAGUGCGUGGUCUAAGGACAGUGUUCUGGAGUUGAGGGUGGACUUGACCUUCCUGUUCCAGGCUCUCCAGCAGUCCCUUGGUAGGGGCCGUGGGGGUCCCAGCCUGCUGGACAUUCGAAGGGUAGGGGGUCUAAGCAGGCCCUGGGCUUCGGACUCCAGAGAAAAAGCCCUGCAUGAUCCCGUAUCGGCUGUGCUGGGGGAAGGAUGGGUAGAGCGCCCCCUGCAGGCCCCCGUGGAGCUGGGACUGGCCUUACACUGCAGCACAGCGGGCGCUAACACACAGGCGUGCCAGAGCCAGGGGGUCCAACUACUACACCCACCAUUCAUCACACUGUCGUACAGAUAGCAACACCCACCCCCCCUACUGCCAUCCGCGAUUGUGCUCCGGAUUGGCCUCCCCGGCUCCUGCUGUUGAAUAACAAUAGGUGAUCUGUUAGGUAAUGUCCACUGUUAACGCUCUGGAUCACCCGAGCUUUAAAAUACUGUGCACUUCAGCAAGUGACUGGAAUUCAUUUAAUUUAUAUGGGUGUGGUUUUGUGGGAAAAAUGUAAAUACUGUAUGUAAAUUCAUAGUUUUAUAUAUAAACUUCCUUUUUUCCUUUUCAAGAUUGGCUUGUUUGAUUUAUUGCAUUUGUACAUUUUCCUGAAUUUAUGGUGUUUCAACAUUAAAAAGGUGGAUUAGAGUUUGAACAAACAGGAACACAACAUCAUUACCAGCCAGUAAUUUA